AUGUUCUACACCAGCUCGGGUGGUUCAGCCCCGUCCCCGACCCCCACCCGGUCCUCCUCCCGCCCGCCCUCCCACCCUCCUACCCCCUCCCCCUCGCAGCCCCCCUCCCGGGCUCCCUCCCUGAACCCCAGCCCUCAUUCCCAACACGUGUCUCGAGCAUCUCCCCCAACCGCCACUCCCCCCGCCUCCAAGUCUCCCUCCCAGUCUGGCCUGAAACCUGCCUCCCGGAACAACUCCCUGACGCCCCCCAACUCCCAGACGCCCCCCGGGCGCUCCUCCAGGUCCCCCUCCUACAGCCCUAUGGGUUCGGGCUCCUACAUCGGGUCCAUUCCAGGUAUCCCGUCCCAGAUCACCCCGUACGUGCCCCGCUUCAUGAGGGAGCCCCCCUUCUACCAGCCCCCCACGUCUGCAUUGCCCCUGUGCCAGCCCCCCCAGUCCCCCCGCGCACCCGGCGCCCCGAGGUCCCUCUACCUCCCUCUCCUCCAGCCCCCGCCCCACUACCCCAACGCCAUCAACAACUUCCCGACGCCUCCCAACCUGUUCACGCCCCCGUGCUCGCUCACCUACAAGCUGCCCAUCGACGUGCUGGUGGGCUCCAAGCCGCCGGUGGUGCCCUCGGUGCUGCCCGCCACCUUCUACACGCCCUUCUCCCGCUACUACUCGCAGCCGCGCUUCUACUACCGCUCCCUGCCCCGCCGCCGCUCGGGCGGCUACCUCUCCAUGCAGUACGAGAGCCUGAACCGCUCCGUCCGCUUCCUCCCAAAAUAGGCCUCAGACCUAUUUCGGACCAGAAGCCUCUGCCAGCAAAUUCAAGCUACUCCAUCCAGCCUUCAUCAGCUACCUGACGGAGAGGUUUUUGAAAUCAAAGCGGAUUAUCUCAAAAUUUAAAGACUUAUAUAUGCCUAGUACUGGGGCCCUCAUGCUGCUGACAGCGUUACAUACCUGUGACCAGGUUAGUGCCUAUGGAUUCAUCACAAGUAACUACCGGAAGUUUUCCGACCACUACUUCGAUCGAGUUAAGCAGCCACUGGUAUUCUAUGCAAAUCACGAUCUGUCCCUGGAGGCAGCUCUGUGGUGGGACCUGCACAAGGCCGGCGUCCUGCAGCUGUACCAGCACCGAGCUUGAUUCUUGCUGAGCUGGGGGCCAGUCCCCUUCAAAGGGCCGAAGCCAACUCCCCGAGACCCACUCCUUCCCUCAGGUGACACUGAGGUGGGUGUCUGACUACCACUGAAGCCUGUUCAUUGUGAAACACCCUAUCUUGCCCUUGGUUCAUGCAAGAAAGCCCCCCACGUCUGAGACAGACACCCCCUGGGUCAAGGGAGAAUGGACUGUCCCACUGGCUUUGUUUAAAACGGAAGAGAACACUCCCAAGAGCUGAGCCUCAAGACCAACAGGUGCUGAGCAGCACUGGGAAGUCAAUGGAGGACUCAGCCACACUCCAUCACGAGCACCUGCACACUCCCAGCCAGUCCUCCCGCGAACAUGCAACCUCCAAGGCAAUUCAGCUCAAGGACACGUCUACCUUUCUAGACCAUGACCGACAUACAUGAGCGCCAUGAGAAAGAGGGAGCGCAAAAGGCAGAAUGUAAUCUGAAACCAGGUAAUUGCAUAAAUGAUGGAUGGCCGUC